UCCAAAUGGCCGCUUGUGCGCGAUAUCAUCAAGCACAAAUUAAAUGAGAAUAUUGUUAUGUUUUUGUCUGGGGAUGUGAAAAAGGAGUAUUCCAGAUCGACAGUGCAAGCUGCACCAUGUCCCGGCGGACUUAAACUCCCGCCAUUCCCGCCUCGUCAGCGGAACGACACCAAUCCGUACGAAGCCCCCAAGAACACUCUCACAGGGAAGGAGGCGGCAGAUUUUCAACGAGAGAUCAACACGCAGAUUGAUGGCUUCGACAAAAGUCCACCGUUCACAAUCCAACGCGUCUGCGAGCUCGUCUUACGGCCCACAGAGCAUUACAAAUAUCUUGGAAAAUAUCUCCGAGCAGUCGAAAAGUCCCUCCUUGUGACAUCGACCUGGGAUGCCUUUCCUCCCACGACCGACAGCGCGACCAAUCAAACAGGUGUUUCUCGUGUCCCUCUCGGUGCACCUACACUCUCGACACCUACAACACCGAUCUUCUCCCCCAUCCCCUUCCUGCAUGAAGAUGCUCGGCGGUCAAGCUCUCGCAGCCCACCCCCCAGUCCCCUCGUUUUACCCACAGUGGCUAUAGGUGGGACAGCAACAGCCACGCCGCUCGCUGGGGCGGAAGGAGCAGAACAGAAGGCGCUUGGCCUCGUAGAUGAGCUUGAUGAUCCUAGUCCUGGGCAUCUUAGCGAACACCCACAGCCGUUAUCCGCGACUACGACGGUUCCAGAUCCAAAACCAUUAUUCAGUCUGCAUAGUCGCUUCGUCAAA